AUGUGGUGCACUUUCAUUUUGAUCACACCUGCACCCAUACCUGUCUCCUCCACCUCCCUUGACAUCAGAUACCAUGGCAAUACCCUCAAAAUCACAGCCCACCACCAAACCAUCCAAACCACCAAAACCUUUCUGUCAAAUGCAGAAAGGGUUGUGCAGUGUGAGAACACCACAGCGUAUAAAUAUGCCAAGGCAUCCACACUUGCGUCUGCUGCCCCCUGCAAAGGACCCUGCUAUCACAACACAGACAACAACAAUGCAGACAACAACAACAAUGACAAUGACAACAAUGCAGAUGACAACAACAACAAUGACAAUGACAAUGACAAUGACAAUGACAACAAGGCUGGUGGUUGUGAUAAUGGUGGUUGUGGCUGCAGCCACAGGGGAUGCAGGAAAUAUAUUUAUGUUGCUAACAAGUUGGGCAAAUACAAAAGAUACAAGAUGCUUGAUUGCCCAGAAGGCAGCCUGAAAGGGCUUGACACUCUCAUGGAAAUGGAUGGACCCAGGAAUAAAGCCCUUUUAAAGGAUCCAGCAUGCAACCACUUGUACUGGUCAUGUGACCAUGUCCAGGACAAACAGCAAGGAUCCAUCAACACCCAGGUUUACAAGGCAUACCCAAUUAUGCAGUGGUACUGUGACAAUUGGGUGGUGAAAGAGUUGACAAUCUGCACACUUACACAUCAAUGCAACCAUCAAGUGCAAAUCAAAAAGGCUGGCAGGCAAGUUGCCUGGUGCAACAGACUCAAGGCACAACACAAAGACAAUCCUCAGGCAAAGAGAGUUGGGAAUGCUUGUACAACUAAGACAAAGGGCAAAGGAAAACACAAUUGGAGCCCAAUCCAUCUAGCCUCACCUAUCAAACCAACAAGGGAUCUUCAAAGGCACAUAACCAGCCCCACCACUCAACUGUUCCUGAGGAUCAGUCUGAUGACAGUGAUCCUGCCCCCAUUGCCAAUCCAACCAGGCCCAGACCCAGACCCAGGGACCUGUCAGACCUCAAAAUGUGCUCCCAGGGCCACUUCCAAUGAAGAGUUUGAUGACAAGCCAACUCCAGUUGUCAAACCCCUCAGUGCAAAACAAAGGGUGGAGGAUGCACUAGCAUUGCCAAACCACGCCCCCAAGAAGGCUUGCACCCAACCAGUUGAAAGCUCCAAGGACAAGAGCAUCAAUGACCCCAAGCCUUUGUUAUCAAAGUCAAAGGGGAAGGGAGUGGCUUGCAAGCAGGUGUGCCAGGUAGCCAAAGAUCUCAGCAACAAUGGGGAACCAGCUCCAGCCCUUGAACAUCUGGUGACAAAGCAGAAAGCUAAGGAGGCCCAAAAGGAACAAUUGCAGAGGAAGGUGCAGAAACGCCUUGUUGAGGACAACAGCAAAUCCAACCCAGCCCCAGCCAAAUUGCAAGGGAAUAAACACAUACAGGAAAUUUAUCCACCUGUCAGCUCAACACUUGUCUCCAGCAUGCCCCCUUGUCCUGCCAAAGUUGAAGAACCUGCAAGCACAGAGGAAGAGGCUACGCAGGAGUAUCUAUCACCUCUUGCACCCAGUACCCCAACUCCAGCUGCGGUCCCACAUCUUGGUUUGGACAGCCCUGAAGCCAGUACCUGCAAACAUUGCACUGGACUGGACAGCAACAAGGACACCCCAAUGCUUAAGCCUGCCCAGAAGAGAGCUCAGCCCAGCGCCUUACCAGCACCUUCUCCCCCUGCCACCACCUACAACAAAUCAGUUGAUGCAGGGAAGAAGUGCAAGACUCCACACAACAAGCCUACUGCCACCCAGGGCAAGCGCAAGGACAUGUACACUCAAAAAGAACAGCCAGCUAAGAAGGGUUUAACAACUGCAACCUUGGCAGGGGCAGAUGAGGAGAUGGUUGGACCCAGCGCAGCUGCUGAGUCUCAGGCAGCACCAAAGGGUAAACAGGGGCAAAAGGCAAAACAAGAGUUGAUCAAUGCUACAGACGCAUUGCUUGGGGAUCCAACCCCACCCGCUCCUGGAAGAAAGACCCAACAAGCUACCAGAGCCAAUAAGUGCUGA